AUGAGUACUCAUUCUCAAUCCCCUGAACCAUCUGCCCCACUUUCCAGUCAAACCAAGCACCAUGGGUCCGGGAGGCAUUGGACCGAUGAAGAAAGUGCUGUAUUGGAAAAACAUCGGGAGGAGUACAGAGACGCCAACGACGCUGCUCGUGCUGAGAUAUUUUCUCGAGUUUUGCAAGACAUGCUCGACAUACUCCUCAAUGGAAAAUCGUUCAAGAAGGAAGAAAGAUCAGCUGUUAAAAAAGAUAUUAAAGAGUGGUUUGCCCGGUACAGUCGUAAGAGAAGUCAGAAAAUGCCGAGGAUGGGAAAGUCGUGGCACGCCCGGCGUGUGUUCCAGCAUGAGAACAAGGAUGCCAUCAAUACCGAAGCGAAAAGGCUUUGUGCCGAAGCCAUUGAAGAGGGACAAAAGAGGCCUAAAGGGGGAGAUCCCACUCAUUUUGAUUUUCGGGAGCGGGUCGUGACUCAAAUGAUGGGAAAACUGAAGAAAAGGGAGAAAGACGUACUGCAGAGGACGGCCGAGGAGUACAACAAGAAGGGAGUUGACCCGGAACUCAAGUCCAAUGAAGCCUCUGCUCUCUCUCUCCUCAAAUUGUUUGCUAGCCCUGUCCUAGAAACAUCCCUCAACAUUUCCAGAGUGUUAUCGAUCCAUGUAUACCAAUCAUGCUCCGGCCUUGCCGGGGCGAUUGGUAUACUCUCAAUGUAA